AUGACUCCAACUGUCUCUGUCACGGCUCUUUCUGCGCCGGGUAAGGUCCUCCUGACCGGUGGAUAUCUGUGUUUGGAUCGUGCCUACACGGGUACUGUCUUCGCACUCAACGCUCGUAUCCAUGUUGUAGUCGAGCAAUUGCAACGAGCUCAUCGCCGCGGGGCAACAGGAGAAGAGGAGGACUCUGUUAUCGUGCGUUCCCCACAGUUCCUUGAUGCUGUGUGGGAGUAUGGCGUCCAACAGUGUGACAAUGGCGGCGGUGUGAAGGUGGCUCAGAAAGGCGAUCGCAAGCGCAACCCCUUUGUUGAGACCUCUCUGAACUUUGCCUUGACUUACAUCAGCUACGUCGCUGAUUCCAAGCACUUCGGUUCUCUAUCUGUCACCAUCUUGGCUGACAAGGAUUAUUACUCGGAAACUGCGACUUCCAAGGGUCCUGAGGGAUUCAGAGAUAUCCACCGCUUUGUGAACUUCGGAGUCCCUCUCUUUGAAGCUCACAAGACUGGACUGGGCUCUUCUGCUGCUCUGGUAACUGCUCUUGUCUCUUCCCUGGUCAUCCACCGUACCAUGCAGCCUGAGGACCUCGGUGCGGCCCGCGACAAGCUCCACAAUCUCGCUCAAGCAGCACACUGCGCAGCCCAAGGCAAAGUGGGAUCUGGAUUUGAUGUUGCCAGCGCCGUCUACGGUUCAUGCCUCUACCGACGUUUCUCGCCCUCUAUCCUGGAAUCUCUCGGCGAUGUAGGCUCGGCUGGGUUUGAAGAGCGUCUCUUUGCCAUUGUGGAAGACUCCGAUCCGGAACACCCAUGGGAUACUGAGUGUGUCGAUUUUGGCAUGCAACUUCCCCGCGGUAUGCAGCUUGUUCUGUGCGACGUUGACUGUGGCUCUGAGACCCCCUCCAUGGUCAAGAAGGUUCUCGAGUGGCGCAAGAACAACCGCCAGGAAGCGGAUACGCUCUGGGACAGUUUGCAGAACAACAACGAGCGACUUCGCCAAGAGCUCAAGCGCCUGGCUCAACACCCUGGUCACCAUGAGCUUGACUUUUCCGAUAUCCGUGCGUUGAUUCAGCGUUCACGCCAGCUUCUUCGCACCAUGACCCAACAGACCGGCGUUCCCAUUGAGCCCAGCGUCCAGACCGAGCUGCUAGACAGUGUUACGGAGAUCGAAGGUGUCAUUGGGGGCGUUGUUCCCGGGGCUGGAGGCUACGAUGCUAUCGCAGUGCUUAUCCAGGAUGAUCCUGCUGUCGUCGCACGCUUGACCAAGCACUUUAAGAACUGGACGAGCACCGUCGAGGAUAACUUUGGGGGGAAGAUCGACAACGUACGACUGCUAGGUGUCGCGCACGGAUCCGAGGGCGCAAAGAACGAGCGGUUGGAUCAGUACGCUGGCUGGAUUUAA